AUGGUGUCCCCCUUUGGCUCCAUCUGUCAGUUAGGUAUUUGUAUCAGCUGGACGCUCUCUGGAGCCUUCCUCUCUGCCGGCCUCAGUGUACUGGCACCUUCUGAGACCUGCACCCUCCCUGUGGGCAUCUCCAGCUGGGAGCCCCGGCUGGGCCCACCCUUCCCUCCAGGCCCUUGCACUGAUGGCCCAGGAGCCCCAGCAGUGGCUGAGCCCUCCGGGCAGGGCCCCAAGAAUCCCCGCGUGUCCAGCGUGACGGUGCAGUUGGAGAUGAAGUCUCUGUGGGAGGAGUUCAACCAACUGGGCACAGAGAUGAUCGUCACCAAGGCUGGCAGGAGGAUGUUUCCCACUUUUCAGGUGAAGAUCCUGGGCAUGGAUACGCUGGCCGACUAUGCCCUGCUUAUGGACUUUGUCCCCCUGGACGACAAGAGAUACAGGUACGCCUUCCACAGUUCAGCCUGGCUGGUGGCCGGCAAGGCGGACCCGGCCACACCUGGUCGCGUGCACUUCCAUCCAGACUCACCAGCCAAGGGUGCGCAGUGGAUGCGACAGAUCGUGUCCUUUGACAAGCUCAAGCUGACCAACAACCUGCUGGAUGACAAUGGCCACAUCAUCCUCAACUCCAUGCACCGCUACCAGCCCCGCUUCCAUGUGGUCUUUGUGGACCCACGGAAGGACAGCGAGCGCUACGCCCAGGAAAACUUCAAGUCCUUCCUCUUCACCGAGACCCAGUUCAUGGCUGUGACAGCAUACCAGAACCACCGGAUCACACAGCUGAAAAUCGCCAGCAACCCCUUUGCCAAGGGCUUUAGAGAAAGUGACUCGGACUCCUGGCCUGUGUCCCCACGGCCCCUGAUGAGUGUCCCAGUCCGGAAUCAGCGUCCCAGCAACCUCAGCCCCUGCCCAGUGAAGGGCCCCACUGAACAGGAGAAAGACCCCCAUAAAGCUUCAGCUUCCAUCUCAAGGACUCCUGCCAGGCUCCAGCACCAGCUGCUGGGCCCCACUGAGACCCUGCUUGCCCCAUCUACCUACCGAACCUUCACCCACCCAAGCCUGUACUCUGGAGCCCCAAGCCCCCUUGGGAUCCCGAAGGCCAGAUCAACACCUUACCCCCUCCCCAGCAUUCACACUGUUAGGGACCAAGGGCGCCUGCCCCUCUCAGAAGGGCUUGGGCUCCUGUCACCCACCGCUGUGUGCCUGGGCCCUGGCCAGGACCCAUAG